AGCGGUUACUUUCGUUCACUGAAGACUCGGAGCAGUAGCGACUUUAGAGCCUGAACAGUGAGGAGGAAGAGGCUGCUGCUGCUGCUGCUGCUCACAUUCGCUCUCUCGCUUACAGGCGCACACACAAAGCCACACACGCACACGCGCGCACACUCACACACACACACACACGCCAGGCGAGCAACUGCAAGGGCUGGAGUAGCAACGGCAGCGGCGGCGGCGGCGGCGGCGGCGGGGGCAGCAAGCUAAACCCACACCCAAAGCAAAGGAAGGCUCUUUCUUCCUCUUCUUUCCCCUGACACUUUUUGCUGGUCCACGGCCCCGCGACUCCUGCUUACAAGCUUGAGGAGGAAGAACGGUGGGAAGAUUUUGAUGUGAUUUUGAGGUCCGCCCGCAAGCCGCCUCCCCCCCACCCCAUUUUCUCUGUCCUCUUCAGCAGAGUCAGCGAACCCCGCUCCCUGAGAGAGAAAUGGAAUCUUGCAAAUGUGGCUUUAAUGGACUUCGGGCGCUGAUCCUCCCCCUGGAUUUAUAGACCGAAGCUGCCUUUCUCCAGAGCUCUGUCUGCAACUACCCCGACUGGUCCUCUGGGGAUUACACCGUGCAACCUUGGUUGGGGCUGGGUGGGACGGAAAACUGGAGACGGCGAGACGCCUUUCAGAAGAUUUUACCUAUUUUUUUGUCACUCGCGCGCUCUACAGCUUUUGUUAUUAUUUUUUUAAUUUUCCUUUUUUUACCUUCAAAGAUCAAACGCCGUGAAUGUGCCCGGGCACACUGGAUCCCCACGGGAGUUUGCCGUUUGAGUUGCAGCUUGCGCUGUUUUCCGGAGCCCCGAGAUAGCAGGCGGGCAGCGGGGGGUGGGUGGGGGGACUCAGAGUUUUUGCUUUGGGGGUAUAGUUGGAUUCUGGAAUCAUACGUUUGAAGGAGCGCUCGGAGGUCUACUGUAACUCAGAUGACUCAGUGAAUUGGCUUGCAGCAAAUCACCAAGUGCACAGAUCAUUUUUUUUUGCUUUAGGUUAUUUUUUAUUUUUAUUUUUUUAAAUCGGAAGAAUUGGAAUUACGGGCGCUAUACUUGGUUCUAUUCAGGUACGGAAAUCUCAAGGAGUUGGGAGAGGCUUUGCAAAAAGGGACUUGGAGCGGCUCGAGCAUGGCUGUGAGGAGGGACUCCGUUUGGAAGUACUGUUGGGGCAUUUUGAUGGUUUUAUUCAGGACUGCAAUUUCCAGAUCGAUAGUUUUAGAACCGAUAUAUUGGAAUUCCUCGAACUCCAAAUUUCUACCUGGACAAGGACUGGUACUAUAUCCACAGAUAGGAGACAAACUGGAUAUAAUCUGCCCAAAGGUGGACUCUAAAACUGUUGGCCAGUAUGAAUAUUAUAAAGUCUAUAUGGUUGAUAAAGACCAAGCAGAUAAAUGCACUAUUAAAAAGGAAAACACACCUCUGCUCAACUGUGCCAAGCCAGACCAAGACGUUAAAUUUACCAUCAAGUUUCAAGAAUUCAGCCCUAACCUCUGGGGUUUAGAAUUUCAAAAAAACAAAGAUUAUUACAUUAUCUCUACAUCAAAUGGGUCUUUGGAGGGCCUGGAUAACCAGGAGGGAGGGGUGUGCCAGACAAAAGCCAUGAAGAUCCUCAUGAAAGUUGGACAAGAUGCCAGUUCUUCUGGGUCAACCAGGAAUAAUGACCCAACAAGACGUCCAGAACUGGAAGCUGGCACAAAUGGGAGAAGUUCAACAACAAGUCCUUUUGUAAAACCAAAUCCAGGUUCUAGCACAGAUGGUAACAGUGCUGGACAUUCGGGGAACAAUAUCCUUGGUUCCGAAGUGGCCUUAUUUGCAGGGAUUGCUUCAGGAUGCAUCAUCUUCAUUGUCAUCAUCAUCACCCUAGUGGUUCUUUUACUAAAGUACAGGAGAAGACAUAGGAAGCAUUCACCCCAGCACACUACGACACUGUCACUCAGUACGUUAGCCACCCCCAAGCGAAGUGGCAACAACAAUGGCUCUGAGCCCAGUGACAUUAUUAUCCCCUUAAGGACUGCAGACAGUGUUUUCUGCCCUCACUAUGAAAAAGUCAGCGGAGAUUAUGGGCAUCCAGUGUACAUAGUCCAAGAAAUGCCUCCACAGAGUCCAGCAAACAUUUACUACAAGGUCUGAAAGAACUCUCUGGUGGUACCUUUUGAUUUCCCAGAGGAAAUUUACUGGUCAGAUGCUUUCAGUUGAGGGUUUUUAAUGACACAUUGUGCAUUAGGAUUGACUAGAGCACAGUGGGGGAAAAAGGCACCAAGCCCCUUCAAAGAGAGCCUUCUUGAGCUGGACAGCUUUCCUAGUCUGUAGAAUUUCUGUCUUGGUGAAUAAAUACUAUUCACUAGAAGCUGGAAGACUUUAUAUAGAAGAUACCCAUUCUGAUUGCUGUACUCUUGAUACACUCAUCAUCCUCUAAGCCAUGUGAUGCUGCAGGCAUUCAGGCAUGUAUAAAAAAGCCAAGGGAAGAAGGACAAUAAUAGUUCUAGACAUGCUGGGAAGGUGCUCUAGGAUCUCGCGCUUGAAAUGCAGUCUCCUGACUUGGUGUGUGUAUCUCUCUCAGCGCAUACUGGAUGUGUCCCACAGACCUCUGUGGCUAAGUAAGACUCUUAAAAGUUCUCUCACUUUUAGUCCAUCACUGUUACAUUCACUUCUGUUCUAUCCAGGGCCCUGCCAUAUUUCUUCACACGAGAUUUCCUUUCACUCCACAUCCGGCAUCACUAAUGGAACAUUAAUGUUGUUGGGAGUUAUUUGCUCCUUCCAUUUGCUACAGCAGCUAUAGUUGAAUGGGUAAUACAUUUUCUAGAAAUUGUGUUUGCUAAUAAGGAGCCUUCCAGCCAGAAGUUAGGCCGUCCGACGAAUAAGACUAGGAGUUUGUGGUUGGGGGUGGGGCGGGGGAAAGGGCUGACUGCAAUUGCAGUUCAAUGCUGCUGCCUCUGAAACAUGAAGCUGGAAACAAAACGAAACGAAACAAAACAAAACAAACAAACAAAAAAAAAAACAUUUUUCGGUAGCACAGCACUUUGGUUUGCUAAGUUUUAAGAGGCAAGUAGGAGACACAACACCACACGCAGUGGAUUAGGGCUGCAUUUGAAGGAAUUCACUGUUAUCAAAUAGCAAUGUUCAGAGAGAGAAAGAUAGUACCUUUUGGUUCAGUAGAACAAAGGGGGGUAUUGUUAGUAAAUGAACAAGCUUGGAGGGAAAGACAAUAGUAGGCCGCUGAUGAUAUAUUAGGGCAGGACUGUUGUGGUACUGGCAAUAAGAGACACAGCUAUGAAGCUGUAGGAAAGUCAGUCUGCUUUGGGAUGGUUUUUAAAGCAGACUCAGCUGCUAUACUUAUCACAUUUUAUGAAACACAGGGAAAGCAUUUAGGAGAAUAGCAGAGAGCCAAAUCUGACCUAGAAGUUCGAAAGCCAAAGGUCAAAUGGGCUGUAAUUCCAUCAUCAUUGACAUUAUUAAAGAAUUCUCAUAUAUAAAAGGUAGGUCAGAUCUCUCCCUCUCCCUCCCCCAUCCCAUACACAGAGACCCAGAUUAAGCCUUAUGACACUUUGGUUUAUGGCGGUGCUGUCCCUGCUUCAUGGUGAAGUCUAGGUACUGUGACUGACACAGCAGUUCACCCGGUGCUCUGUUUCCAAGUAAAGCACAUAUGGCAAACCUCUUAAGAGUCCACAAGACUGAAAUAAAUUAUGAUGUCGAGGGGGAGGAGGAAGAUAUGACUUAUUUAUAAUAGGUGUAUAGAACACAAGGGAUAUAAAAUGAAAGAUUAUUACUAAUAUAUAUUUUAAGAUUGCACAGAGUGCACACCAGAAGAUGUGAAAUUCAUUUGUGGCAAUUAAAUGGUCUGACCUCUCAGUGCUUUAAAAAAAAAAAAAAGAAUUUUAUUUUUAAUUGGACAACUA